AUGGAAACUGUACGAUCCACCACCCAGUGUAAAGUACGACAAUGUUCUCAGUGUCAGGAGGACACGGAAUUUUACUGUUACAACUGUAAUCAAGACCUGUGUCCAAUGUGUAAAGAAAAACAUGUGAUUGAUCUAGAUAACCUAAACCAUGAUGUUGGGAUAUACCGAGAGAAACUUAAAAUCAUUUUGAAACAAGAGUCCUGUUUGCAGCAUCCAGAUAUGAUCUAUGAAAUGUAUUGUUAUUUAUGUAAACUGCCCUUUUGUGCCCAAUGUACAGAACACAUAUAUCCCAGAAUUGUUCCUUCUUUUAUCCCAUGGAGAAAACACAGAAAACACAAUACGGUGGAUAUCAGAACAGCUUAUGAAACAAACCGUCGACAUCACAAAGAUAUCAUUCACAGCAUCAGAAGCCAGACUCUCUAUAAAAGUUGUUUUCUUUUACCAAGAAUUAAAACUGAUAUAAAAACUUGUCACACAAAAAUCUCAAACCUUCAGUUAGAAAUGUCAACCAAAGCCCAAAGACUGAAGGGCCCCAUUGACACUGUGGUAUCUGAUGUUAAACUCAGACUUAAAAGUUUAGUGAUUCAACAAAUUAAAAUUUGUCAAAAACAGACCAGAAUAAUGAAUGGGCACCUCACCAGCAUAAAAAACUAUGAACACAUGUGUGAACAAUCAGCAAAACAACCUGUCAGAUUCCUCUUCUUUAUAAAGAAUGUCAAUUUUUUAAUGAUAAAAGAAACCCCUAAUCUUACAGAGCUCGCCUGUUUCUCUCAUACAGAUAGAAUCAACAAGGAGAGUGUGUUUGAGCUUCUGAUUCGAAAUCAAAUUACAGAGCUGGAGAGAGGACAAAGACAAGUGAAAGAUGAGUAUGUGCUGAAACUGAUGUCUACACCUGUGUUACAGAAAUCCAUUACCAUCACAGGUUUUCAUGUUAGACACAUUUCUCGUGUAUCAUCAGACCGGGUCUGGUUGAGUGAUGGCAAUAAUCUCAUCCUGGCAAAUAUGGACGAGAAGAGAAGGAUGGAAACCACUCUGUGUAUACUUUUCCCUUUCCAAUGA